AUGUUACCUGACGACUCUAAGCCAUUCCACGUCGUGUGUGACGCGAGCAAUUUCGCUAUAGGAUGUGCCCUCAUGCAAUUUGAUGACGAGGGUCGAGAGCGCGUCGUGAGUUAUCAAUCACGACAGAUGAAACCUGCCGAGAAAAAUUAUCCGAUCGCUGAAUCUUACGCGAAUGAUUCCUUCUAUGCAGGAAUCAUCAACUAUCUCAGGGACCCGAGCGAAAAAUUACUCGCGAAGUUGACGAAACCAACACGCGACAACAUCAAGCGUUACGCGCUUGACGGUCCGUUGCUGACGUACACGAUGGAUGUCUUUAAUUCCCCGCGUGUCGUCAUCCCUGCUGAUGACGACCUUCGAGCCCGAUUGGUUCAUGAGUUUCCCGACAGCCCAGCUGGCGGAUACCUGGGUCGCGAGAAAACGUUUGCGGCUAUUUCUCGCGUAUUUUUCUGGCCUCGAAUGUAUAAGUACAUCCAGAAAUGGGUGCGCUCCUGUGAAACCUGUCAGCGUGUGAAGCCCGCGCCGUCUUCACAAGCCCCAUUGCGUCCGCUUCCGAUUGCUACGGAAGCCUGGCGCUCGGUCAGCAUGGAUUUUAUCUUUGGCCUUCCACCGGAUGAACAGAAACGCACGGGCGUAUUGGUUUUAGUGUAUCGAUUCAGCAAAAAGGUGCAUUUUUCUCCGGUCUCCGCCCACAUUACGGCAGGGACGACAGCGAAGAUCUUCAUUGAUCUUAUCUUUAGGCAUCACGGCUUGCCAGAAUCUAUUCUUUCGGACCGUGACCCGCGUUUCACUUCGGCUUUCUGGGCCGAAUUGUUCCAGCUAUUAGUCACGCGGUUGCUUAUGUAUACGGCGGCCCAUCCAGAGACGGAUGGGCAAACGGAGCAGUUUGCAAUCAACAAUGCUGUCCACGCGUCAACCGGGUUGACCCCCUUUUUCGUUAACAACGCGAGGCAUCCUCGCGUUCCGGCGCUGCUUGCUCUCUCAGCUUCAGAACACCCUGUUUCCAAGCUUGGUGGGGGAGUAUCUACGGAUGGAAUUGCGCCGAAACUAUUGAUGAUUGAUUACGAUGCGCAUAAGGUUGCUGCCGAUGCACCUAAUACUGGUAAUUUCGUGGACAACGGCAAAUCGACUCCUGACGCGAUGCUUUCCAUCGCGUCUUCCGUUGCCAAUUUUGCUCCAAAAGAGAAUACAUCGCCUGUGCAUGGUGACGCUUACACGCUAGACAUACCUACAUCUAUGCGUUUGCACCCGACGUUCUACGUCGGGCGCCUCAAGGCUUACCUGCCGGCGGAUCUCCCUUCGAAUCUUCCCCGCUCUUCUGCGGCGGCUCGAAAUCCGACAUCCCUUGACGACGACGUUGACGACGACUGGGACCAAGUCCUGCCCGAGCGCCGUGAAGUAGACGCAGCUCAUUAUUCGACUGCACAGGAGCCCGAUUACGAGAAUCGGUGCCCAUCGCCAGAGGUCUUCCGUCGUGAUGCUCCUCCUCCCUUAGUGGAUGCAUCGGGUGUGCGACGCUGGAUUGUCGACCGAAUUGUCGAUCACGAGGAUCAUAAGUUUUAUGCGCCGAGUAAUGACUCGGCGCCCAUGAAGAAGCGUGUCGAGAAGCAUUACAGGGUUCGCUGGUUGGGAUAUUCCCCGGCGGACGAUACAUGGGAGCCAUCGAGUACGCUGUUCCAAGAUGUACUAGACGUGGUCGAGGAUUAUGAGUCGCGUAGGAAGACGGCUAUUGCGAGUGAUGCUGCCGAUUCCAUCCCCAAUCUCGCGAGCCGUGAUGCUCGCGAGCAACAGAACUUUGACGACGACUCCCCGAGCGAUUCUGAGAUCUAUUAUGAGGCUCGAGAAAACUUGGAUGGCAUUUGCGACUAUGUGGGUUGCCAUAGCGAAUCGAAUAUGGCGGACGUGGGGAUCGAACCAGCGACAUCAAGAUCAAGAACUCAGUGGUAA